CUCUCGAGGUUUUCAAAUUCCACAACCAUACCGCUCACUCAUCAGAGUUCCUCUCUCUGUCUCCGAGCUUUCAUCUCUGUCUAUGGAGGUCUUGGAACUCAGAAGAGCUUCUCAGGUUUCAUAAACCUCUUACAAUUUGAUUCUUGGUUCCUUGCUUCUCCAAGCCUUUGUAAACAUGGGAAAAGAAAAUCUAGUAAAUGCUAACGUUCAGGAGCUUCCCGGUCGAAUAACACGUUCUCGAGCAUCGGCAUUGCUCACAUCGCAGCAGAUGCCACCUGUAAAAGCACCUGUCCAGCCCAAAAAGAGGAGGGCUUUGCAGAUAAAUCCCAAGAGAGCUGCCGCUGAUGAGAACAACAGCAAUGCUGGGAAUGCCUUUCUCCAGUGUAAGAGGAGGGUGGUGCUUCAGGACGUGACCAAUUUUUGCUGCUUCAACACAACUAAGAUUCAGGCUAAGAGCAGCAAGCCGGCUAAAAAGGAGCAGGCUAAGGUGACCAAAUUGACCUCUUCAGUUGUAACAGUGUUCCCUUCUGUUAAAGCUGAUUUGAAAGAAAAGACUGUGAAAGAAGCAGUAAAACCAGAACAUAAAUCUGAAGAGAUCAUAUCUUCAGUGCAUUUGGUAGAAAACUUACAUCAUUGGUUAACAAGCACGAAGGGGUUUGGAAAACAUGAGUUUGAGUUGGGAAGUCAAAGUUCUGAAAUAACUUCAGCACUUCAAAGUCCUUCAAAGAAAGUUGUUGAGGCAGAGAAAGGUAAUGCUUGUGGGGACAUCAUUACUUCAAGAAGUCCAGACAUUGUUGAUGUUGAUGCAGAUCACAAGGAUCCUCACUUGUGUUCUACAUACGCCCCAGAUAUCUAUAGCAACUUGCGUGUUGCAGAGCUUGCCCGAAGGCCGUUUCCUAAUUUUAUGGAAACGAUACAGCGAGAUAUCACCCAAAGUAUGCGAGGGAUUCUGGUUGAUUGGCUUGUAGAGGUGUCAGAGGAAUAUAAGUUGGUGCCGGAUACACUUUACCUCACGGUAUAUCUGAUUGAUCGGUUUCUCUCUCAAAAUUACAUUGAAAGACGCAAGCUUCAACUUAUUGGCAUCACUUGCAUGCUAAUUUCCUCGAAAUAUGAAGAAAUUUGUGCACCACGUGUAGAGGAAUUUUGCUUCAUCACUGACAACACCUACACAAGAGAGGAGGUCUUAAAAAUGGAGAUUGAAGUGUUGAAGUGUUUCAAUUUUCAACUCUUUGCACCCACGGCGAAAACUUUUCUCAGGAGAUUUCUUCGAGCGGCUCAAGCUUCAUAUACGAGUCCUAGUCUUGAACUGGAGUGCUUGGCCAAUUAUUUGACUGAACUAACACUAGUAGACUAUGACUUCUUGAAUUUCCUUCCUUCUGUCAUUGCCGCGUCGGCCAUAUUUCUCGCUAGAUGGACGUUAGAUCAGACUAGCCAUCCAUGGAACUCAACGCUAGAACACUAUACCUCAUACAAGGCGGCAGAUUUGAAAGUGGCUGUUGUUGCCUUGCAAGACUCGCAGUUGAACACCAAUGGUUGUCCGCUUGGUGUCAUACGUUUGAAGUAUAGGCAAGAAAAGCAGUUUAAAUCGGUCGCAGCAUUGUCUUCAGUGAAGCUGCUGGAAACACUUUUUUGAAGAAAAGAGAUGGCUUAUGGACAUUCUUUUUGCAAGACUGCUAACCGAUAGGUAUACUUUUUACAAGGAAGUUUCCUCUGGAUGGUUUUUUUCACACGACGAGCUUGUAUUUGACCGCUAAUUUUAAUCCCGUCUCUAUUCGAUUUCUAUUCAUUUGUGCCCAAUUGGUUUUUAACUCUCUGGUAUAGGACUAUAGGCUUCUGACCUUUGGUGUCCUGGUUCUUCCAGCCCUUUUGUCUUUGUAAAAUUGAACGAAGGAUGGCCACUAAGUUUGAAUUUCAAAACAAAUUGUAUAAAUUUGUCACGUAAUGGUAAUUACCUUAUUUUAUUUUAAA